CGGGGACCCCCGGCCCCGCGCGGCGGUUUCAAGGUCCCCCGGGCCGGGCCGAGGCGCAGCGCGGGGCCGGGAUGGCGGCGGGGCGGUGACAGCGGGCAGCAUGUACGGCAAAGGGAAGGGCUGCGCCGUGCCGUCCGACGGGCAGGCCCGGGAGAAGUUGGCGCUGUACGUCUAUGAGUAUCUGCUGCACGUGGGAGCACAGAAAUCCGCUCAGACCUUCCUGUCCGAGAUCCGAUGGGAGAAGAACAUCACAUUAGGAGAACCGCCGGGAUUCCUGCACUCCUGGUGGUGUGUCUUCUGGGACCUCUACUGUGCAGCCCCCGACCGCCGUGAGACGUGUGAGCACUCGAGUGAGGCCAAAGCUUUCCAUGACUACAGCGCAGCGGCGGCUCCCAGCCCGGUGAUGGGGAACCUUCCCCCCAGCGAUGGCAUGGCGGGGGGGCCCAUGGCUCCAGGCUUCUUCCAGGCCCCUCCAGGCUCGCAGCCAUCUCCGCACGCUCAGCCUCCUCCCCACGCCCCCAAUGCCCCCAUGAUGGGCCCCCGGGGGUCCUGCUAUGCCCUGACCCCCCCUGACCCCCCCAUUCCCCUGCAGCCACCCGUGGGUGUCCCCGGCUCUCAGCCGCUGCUGCCCAACGCCAUGGACCCGGCCGCAAGGGCACAGGGGCAUCCAAAUAUGGGGGGCCCAAUGCAGCGCAUGAACCCCCCCCGAGGCAUGGGAGGCAUGGCACCACAGACCUACGGCAGUGGGAUGCGCCCCCCCCCCAGCUCGCUGGCCGGCCCCGGCAUGCCUGCCAUGAACAUUAAGGGACCGUGGGGUGUGGGGGGGGGGGGCACAGGGACAGGGAUCGCCUAUUCCUCCUCAUCCCCCGGGAACUACGUGGGUCCUCCCGGUGGUGGCGGCCCCCCCGGCACCCCCAUCAUGCCCAGCCCUGGUGAUUCCACCAACUCCAGUGAGAACAUGUACACCAUGAUGAACCCCAUCGGGCCGGCGGGGACCCGGCCAAAUUUCCCAAUGGGGCCGGGGCCGGAGGGGCCCAUGGGUGGCAUGGGUGGCAUGGAGCCCCAUCACAUGAACGGAUCCUUAGGUGGGUGCCACCCCCCCCCCACCCAAAAUCCAUUUAACCCCCCCAUCAAGCAAGGUGCUCCCCCCCCAUCCACCUCCCCACUGGGACCAGCGCAGCAGCCUCAUCCCGCAGCCCAUGAGCUCCAUCUUUCUAUGUAG